AUGACAAUUGAAUGUCAUGUAGAAGUGUAUGAAGUAGAUGAAAAUGGAAUCAGGAUACCACCACGGCUGUUUGAUGAAUCGGUGAAAGAGUAUAGUGAUGUCGUGUUGGUGGUCGAGAAGAAGAAGUUCUAUGUGUUAAAGCUGUUCCUUGCCUCGGAAUCUUCCUACUUCAAAUCUCUGUUCAUCGGAAGUUUCGAAGAAUCGAAGAAAGAUGAAAUCAGUCUGAAAGAUGUCGAAGCGAAAUACUUCCAAUUGUUUCUCGAAUCUUUUUAUGGGGACCCUGUUAUCAAUGAUGAGACAGUCGAUGGAAUACUGAAACUAGCAGACAUGUUCGAUGCGAAAAAAGUGUUGAAAAAGUGUGAAGUUUUUUUGAUCGAAGAAUCAAAAAAGAGUCUGAAAGAGAAACUCGAUUUGGCUGUGCAAUUCAGUUCGAGUAAAUUAAAGGAGACCUGCCUAAAUCAGAUCAAAACUGUGAAUGAUGUCCGUUCGGUAAUGUCAGUGAAUCCCAAGGAAAUGGAUCCCGACGUGUUGGCUUUUCUUUGCGAGAAGUUGCUUCAUCUUAGUAAAUGA